AUGGUCGUAGCUCUUUAUCCGUUCGACAUCGAAGGCACAAACUUUUCUUUCGACGCAGGCGACCAAAUGCAUUUACUGAAUGAAAAUCCUAAACCUGGCUAUUAUGAGGUUAUGAAUCUGCAAACGAGAGAAAAAGCACUUGUGCCAAAAGCAUUGGUGGUCGAAUAUGGAAGAAUUGAAAAUGAAGACUGGUAUAUAGGAAGCGCUACAUGGGAACAAAUAAAGAUGAUAUUAAGUGGGAAACAGAAAUCACAUAGCUUUCUAAUUUUGAAAAACGGAGACAAAAAGUUUUUGCUCGGAUUUCUAGAUUCAAUAAAAAAUGACAGAAGCGCCAAGAAGAAUACAACAAUAGAAGCCUCAAACAAAGAAUUGCAAAAUUCAGAUAGAAUGGCAUUUGGCAAUACUGAUCAAUCGUUUUGGACGAAUAACACCUUGGAAAAAAUAGCAGAUGGAUUAAAUGCUUCCGAGGCAGAACAAGUGGUUUGCAACCCUUCUUUACCGUUCGAGCCCGUAGAAAUUUCUGAUGACGAUGACGACGAUCAUCAAUACAUUCAAACUGCCAAUGAAGAUUCUAGAGAUACAUUAAUAUUAAAAAAAUCACCUCCAAGAAUAUCGUCAGAAAUGAUCUCGCCUGAUGCUUCUACCAGAAAGUCCUCACUUGAUAAUAAUGAUUUGCCAAAUCUGAAAAGAAGAACCAUCGAGGAAAUGUUUGGUGAACUCCCUUCAACAUCUGCUGGUACACGAGAAGAACAACCGCCAAAUAAGCAAAUGCGUAUAGAUUAUUAUAGAAAACAAAACAAACAGAUACAAAAUAAACAGAUAACGUUUGCUGAUAGUGGAACAUCCGAAGAACAGAGCGAUGAAGAACUACAAGAAAAACAAUUGUCACAGAGUGAAACGGCAAGAAAAACAUUUUCACAGAAUUUUUAUAAUACAUUAUGUGGAGAAGAGUCGAAAAAAACACUUGCUCCAUGUCCGAAGGUAGAUAUAAGACAGAAUGAAACUUCAAAUAAGAACCAUGGUCUAAUAAAUGAUAUAUUGUCAAGCGAAGAAAGUGGUUUAGGGCGAAAGAAAAUACUAUCGACUGAUAAAACAUUGUCUCCAGAGUUUUCUCCAAAUAGACCAUUACAAGAAGUCCAUGCAAUGAAUCCAUCUGUUUCCACUGAUCACAUAAUAAUAUACGAGAUGAAGAAAAAAGAUUUCAUGAAGCAAGUCGCACUACAUCUUCUGCUACAGAUACAAAUUUGCUAG